AUGGUGGUCAGAUCCGAACACACGAUCGACAUCCCUCAACACAGCUUUCCUACCCUGAUUUUUGGGGACCCAGAAGACAUUCUCCCCGACGACAAGCCAUAUCUCCUCGACCAUGUCAAUCCAAAAACGCGUCAUUUCACGCGUCACACGUUUCGAUUAUGGAGCCAACGUUUCGCUGCUGGUCUACGAAAAGCGGGCCUGACCAAAGGUGACAGGGUAGUCGUAUUCGGCACAAACAAUCUCUUCUACCCAGUGGCGUUUAUGGGUGUGAUAAUGGCCGGUGGCAUAUUCAGUGGUUGUAAUCCGACUUAUUCGGCACUGGAAUUGGCACAUCAAAUCAAGGACUCAGAUCCGAAGUUUGUGCUAAGUCAAGGCGGCGAUGUGAUGAAAACAUGCCUGGAAGCAGCGACGAGAGUGGGAAGGGGUCAUGAAAAGCGAACUUUUGUCUUUGACGAUCGCCAUUUUGAUCUAGGACAAUGUAAGAAGGCUCAAUCGCAGGAUGGAGACUUUGACUGCCCCCAUUGGAGUUCAUUGAUUGUGUCGGAAGGAGAAGGUGGAAAUUUCGCAUGGGAUCCAUUGACGGGACCCAACGAAGCUCGAGAUACGACUAUGGCACUAAAUUACUCCUCGGGCACAACGGGGCUCAGUAAAGGAGUCGAAAUCACCCACGGCAACUACGUCGCAAAUGUCUUGCAGUACAACCACACCAUUAGCCAGGACGUGGAAUAUGAACGGAAACACCGAAGUAAAGAAAAAUGGCUCUGUUUCCUACCCUUAUAUCAUGCCAUGGCACAAAUGCUUUACUUGGGUGUGGCUCAAUACCGUCGCACGCCGGUUUACAUGAUGGAGAAAUUCGACUUUGUGACGGUUUUGCAGAACACGGAGAAAUAUCGUAUCACGCAUCUGAUCCUCGUACCGCCGGUUGUGAUUAUGCUCGCUAAACGUCCUGAGACAGAGAAGUUUGAUCUUAGCUCUGUGCGAAGCGUUGGAUCUGGAGCUGCGCCAUUGAGUAGAGAGGUAUCGGAAGAAGCUGAGAAUUUGUGGCCAAAUGGUGCGAUCAAUAUCAAGCAAGGAUGGGGGAUGACCGAAUGCACAUGCACAGUACUAGGUUGGGAUCCAAGUAAAAUCAGCAACAGCCACAGCGUAGGCUGGCCCAACGCCAAUUCCGAAGCAAAAAUCAUGUCGUUACCUGACGAAUAUUCAAGCGAACCAUCUGCUACCACAUCCGAGGCCAAAGAAUUAGGACCAAAUGAAGAUGGCGAGCUCUGGGUACGAGGGCCUCAGAUCAUGAAGGGAUACUGGAGAAACCCCAAGGCAACCGCGGAAACAUUGACACCAGAUGGGUGGUUACGAACGGGUGAUAUCGGUUAUUACGACAACGAAAACAAAUUCUUCAUCAGUGGACGGCUGAAAGAACUCAUCAAAGUGAAGGGUAUGCAAGUCGCGCCGGCAGAACUGGAUGGUGUCUGCCUCGAGUCUGAAGGGGUGGCCGACGCAGCUGUUGUGGGGGUUACUAUCAAUGGGCAGGAACAUCCCCGUGCGUAUAUUGUCCUCAAAGAGGGAGUUGCAGCGUCAAAAUCGAUAUCGGAUCGGAUGACUGGGGAAGUAAACGCAAAGCUGUCGCACCAUAAGCGGAUUACUGGUGGAUUGGUAUUCGUGGAUACAUUGCCGAAGAAUCCUAGCGGGAAGAUUCUGCGACGCCUUUUGAGAGAGCGUGCUCAGAAAGAGGUACAGUCAAAGCCAGAAUUUAUAAAGGCAUCAUUAUAG